AUAAUAUUGAUCCUUUAUGUUGUUGAAUACUUUUUACGAGUAUAUUUACUAAAUUAUUAAAUACAAUUUUCCAUAUGUCGUAUAUCAUACUUCUAAAUCAUUUCAUCCUCGUCGUAUCUUCUUUUCUUUUAUUUUGUAAUAUAGUCCCAUCAGACCGGAAGUCGAUACUGCAUUCGGGCUAAUAAUUCUAUCGCCGUUCCAAAAACUUAAUGCGUUCACUUAGUUGUUCAGAUCUGCGAAUAAAACUAAAAGAUAACCAAACAUUUUUAUAAAUUCAUUUAUUUUUGCACUGACGCAAACAUACAGACUAAUAAAGUAGCUUGUUAAUGAAUGUUUCUUAGCCAAAUUAGCCGUUUUUCUGGACCCAGCUAUGAAUGGUUCCUUUUCCGAGAGGAAAACAACCACAACUCGUAUGUAAAAGUGCACUCGUUGUCCCUUGAGCAGCCAUUUGGGACGCGGCCGAUGUCAGCCGAGUCUGAUUAGCGAGCUAGCCACUUCACGGGAAACGACGGAUUGUGUGAAAGCUAUUAAUCGUGUUUGUUUCGUUUCUUCGGAAAGGUUAAGGAAACAGUUUCUCCAGUGAGCUGCUAUAAAAACAAGGGAAGACGGUUAUGGCUGAUGAAAACACUCACCUUUGCUCUAACUGCAAACAUGACAUUCCUGAAGCCAACUUCACCACACACGAGAUCCACUGUCGCCGUAAUAUCGCCCUAUGUGACGUGUGCCAGGAGCCCGUUCCCCGAGCUCAGCUGCUGCAACAUAAAGAGCAGGAGCAUUCGCAGGAACUUUGCAAAUGUGGCCUGAAGAUUGAAAAGAGGCUUUUGGAGACUCAUCAGAGUUUGGAGUGCAGUCAGCGUCUGGUCCCUUGUCAGUACUGUGAGCUGGAGCUGGUCUUUAGCCAAGCCGUAGAGCAUGAGGAGUACUGCGGGACGCGCACCGAGCCCUGCCCCGUGUGCAAGUGCAACAUCAUGCUGAGGGAGAAAGCCAUCCAUCCGGCCCUGUGUGGGAGCCUCACACCGCCCCAGGACAGGAGGAUGACCUCCCAGUCUCCUGGAGCAUGGUUCGAGACACAGUCCAUCCACAACCUGUUGAGAGGACAAGAAAGGAGCAACAAUUAUAACAGCAGUGCCGGGUUAACAGAGCGCAGAGGCCUGCCACGGCCACUAGAGAGCAGGCUGCACAACAGCACCAGAGGAGCAGUUGGAAGUGGGGCAGGAAGGAACGUGGCACAGAGAAACAACGACUUUUCUCACUUGUUAGAUCAGGACACAGAACUGGAGAACAACAACAACAGCCUGCUGUGGCCUCUGAACCAGCUGCCAGAUUCGGACUCCUCCGGCCUGGACUACCUGCUCGCCCUGAGUCUGCAGAGCGACGGAGAUACAGAGGAGCCUGACGUUCAGCAGGGUUUGUGGACCGACGUCUGGGAUCGACGUUAUGGCAGAGCGCCUGCUCCAGGCACCUUCAGCUCCCAGAUCUCUUCUGGCAAUAACAACAACACUCCAGCUAGCACUAACACGUCCUCUGAGAUCAUGCUCCCUUGUGAGUUCUGCGAAGAACUCUUUCCAGAAGAAGACCUCAUUUUACACCAGACCGGUUGCAGCCCUGCCUCUGCCAUCGCCUCGUUUAGCAAGCAGCCUUCGUCUCUGUACCCCGAAGAGCCUUUUCCUGACAACGACAUCAUCCCUCCUCGCACCCCGAGUCCACCCAACCUCCCCCAUUCAGUCUCCCCUCUUUCCUACAGCCCUCCGUCAAGCCCAAUAGCUGGUGAUGUGCUCAUUCCCUGUGAGUUCUGUGGAGUUACUCUGGAGGAAAAUGUCGUAUUUCACCACCAGGAUAAGUGUGACCUUCGUCCUGCCACGGCUUAUCAACCUGACGGAGCGUCGCCAUCUCCUUGGAAACCCAUCCAAUCAACCAAUGAGAGGUGUGAGAGGAGUUCUCUGGAGAGACACAGGAGAGUGAAACACCAGGCAGAUCCUGUCGCCGACUUCGUCAUGCCAGAUCUUCAUAGCUGGCAGAGCUGCAAGUUUCCUACAGACUCACGGAAGCCGUCCGCCUUCAGAAGUCUUUCCAACUCCGGCAAGAACACCAAUGCAGAGCUGCAAGGAAAGAGCAGGGGUCCGAGCGGAAAAGACACAGAGACCCACUCGUCUCACUUAGACCCUUUCAGCAGAAGCUACAGUUCCAGCAUUGCAGGGUCUUCUGGGACUCAAUCCCGAGACCGAGCAGAGGGUCGCCGCUGCCAGAAGAACACAGCGAUGUCAAAGGUGUCUAAGAAGCAGAACACAGAAAAAGAAAAGGAGGAAGAGUAAAAGGAGAGAGAGAUGGCUUCGAUUAAAUUUUGUUGAGAUGCUGUGUACGUGUGUGUGUGUGUGUGUAUACGUGUGUGUGUGUGUGUGUGUGUGUAUACCUAUGUGUGUAUGUGUGUGUGUGUGUGUGUGUGUGUGUGUGUGUGUACUGUAUUUUUUUUGUCGUCUGUGUCCAAAAAUGUUUUCUAGUAUCUUCUUCUAAACAACUUGCUUUUGUUGCACUACAUUUAAAGUGUCCUUUGGGAUUUGUUUUUCUCUUCCGUGUCCCUGUAUGUAUGUUCUUUCAGUAUUUUUCUAUAUCUUUUAGCUCCUUUAAUAUUUUAAAGUCCAUCAGGACUUGAAGGAGGUUAUAGCUUUUUAUAUUUUCUUAAAAUAUGUGUGACAAUACAUUCACAUUAUGCUAUAUUCUGUUCCUUAUUUUGCAUUUUAUGUAUAACAAUACGUUCCAUUAUACAUAACGUCCAGGAUCAAUCCAAGCUGAGGCAAUCGACUUAUGUAAAGUUUUCAUAUUCUUUUGAAAAAUGCUGUAUAGACAUAUAAUAAAAAAAAGCCUCCAUCUUA